GAAGCAUGAGAGUGCAGUGAACAAGCAAUGAACUGAGCUUUUAAACAGCAAAACACCGGUACAUUCCUGCUUCUUGUAGUCACUGGGAACAUCAAAGUGCAUUAUUUAUUCAGUGAUUGGCAGCUUACAGUAAGUACCAUGUCCUCACAAGACAGUGAGGGGCAGCAGUGCCCCCUGGCGGUGGGUGUGGAAACAAGCAGCCAGUCUGCCAGUGAUGGGGAGACAGACUGUGAGGUCAUUACGGUCACCAUUGGAGCAACAGUCCCCACAGGGUUUGAAAACACUGCUGCAGAGGAAGUCCAGGAGAAGAUUGGGGCUGAUGCAACAAUAAGCAAGGACCGCGGUCGAAUAUACUUCCAAAUAACCACAGAUAAGCUCUCACAGGUCCAUCAUCUGAGGUCUGUGGACAACCUGUUUGUUGUGGUUGAAGAGUAUGACAACUAUCAGUUUAAAGACUCAAAGGAGGAGACAUUGGAGGACUUGCAGAAGCUGGCCUCCAAGCUGCCAUGGACCAACGCACUAAAGGUCUGGAAACUGAACACCUCUCUGAAGAAGAAGAGGGGACCCCAUAGACGGCCCCAAGGUCCCAAGGGGAAGGGACGGAGAGGCAGAAAUUUCAGAGAUAGAGGCAAAGCCAACAAAGACGAUGUGGAGACGGACACCAUGGAGACUGUCACCGCAGAGAUAGAGAAGCUGCAGCUGGAGCCUCAGGCACCUACUACAGGCCAAGGGGUGGGGGAGGCCGGGUCACCUGACCUGGAGAACAGCCCCCUGGGUGAGCAGCAGGAGGUGGAAGGACAGGAGCCCGUGCCAAAGGUCCUGAAGUUUCGUGUGACGUGCAGCCGAGCAGGAGACAAGCACAGCUUCUCCUCCAACGAGGCCGCCAGGGACUUUGGUGGUGCCGUGCAAGACUUCUUCCUGUGGAAAGCAGACAUGACCAAGUUUGAUAUCGAGGUCCUUCUGAACAUACAUAACGUUGAGGUGGUGAUUGGCAUUGCCCUGACAGAGGAGAGUCUCCACAGAAGAAACAUCACCCACUUUGGACCCACCACGCUGCGCUCCACCCUGUGCUAUGGCAUGCUCAGACUCUCUAAGCCUCAGGCAUCUGAUGUUAUACUUGAUCCCAUGUGUGGAACUGGAGCAAUACCUUUAGAGGGAGCCAUUGAAUGGCAGCAGGCAUUCUACCUGGCCGGAGACAACAAUGACAUGGCAGUGAGCCGCACAGUCAACAACAUCUGUCACAUCCAGAAGAAGAGACUAGACAAGAGCAGUACGCCAGGGUUGCCCAUAGACACAGUGCAGUGGGACCUGUGCCAUCUACCCAUGAGAACCAGCUCAGUGGACAUCAUCAUCACUGACAUGCCCUUUGGGAAGAGAAUGGGCUCCAGGAAGAAUAACUGGGACCUGUACCCACCCUGUCUGAGAGAGAUGGCCCGGGUGUCCAGACCAGGCUCAGGGAAAGCUGUCAUCCUGACCCAGGAUAAGAAAUGCUUUCAAAAGGCCAUAUCGAGGAUGGGAGGACUCUGGCGGAAGCACCACACUGUCUGGGUCAACGUAGGGGGCCUACACGCAGGGGUGUUCCUUCUCAAGCGCACAGCAGGGAUCUUUGGCCAAACCCCAGAAGAUGUCAGGGAACCCCUAGAAGAGCAACCAGGGAAGGAAAAACCAGCAGAGGAAAGGGAAAAUGAGGUUAAGUGACCGAGUUAAGCCCCACCUAUACAGAAUAUACUUUAGAAAUGGCAUAGAAAUUACCUUUUGCCAUUAUUUAUUUGAUUAAUCUAUUUUGCUGUUUAUUUGUUGAAGGUCCAAAAGUGAGUGUCUCAUAGGGAAACCUUUCCUAAGUUUUACUGUGUUGUUAUAGACAGACAAGGUUUCGGUAAAGUGAAAGAAAGUUGACUGCCUGCUUAUUACAACCAGUUUCCUUUUCAUGUUAAACCCCAGCUUUAUAAAAAGUUGUCUUGCUACACCUGAGUGCCAGUUAUAUAAAUGCAAGUCAUUAAUCAUCCAUGGUUCUUUUAGCUACUGUAGGUAAGCAAGACUAUUGAUUUAUACACCUAUUGUGUUGUUGAGGGAAUCAGUUCAAAUGACCACACCUCUCCACUCCAUUGAUGACUUGUUGGCAGGUUCUGUACCAUGAGACUUUAUGGUAAAUAAAACUUGUUUCCAAACAUG